AUGUCUGACACAGCCGUAAACCCCAAGGCCUACCCGCUUGCGGACGCUAAGCUGACCGUGUCCAUUCUGGACUUGGUGCAACAGGCCACCAAUUACAAGCAGAUCAAAAAGGGUGCCAAUGAAGCCACCAAGACGCUGAACCGUGGCAUCUCCGAGUUUAUCGUCAUGGCUGCCGAUACGGAGCCCCUUGAGAUUCUGCUGCAUCUUCCACUGCUGUGUGAAGACAAGAAUGUACCAUAUGUGUUCGUACCGUCCAAGGUCGCCCUGGGUCGUGCUUGCGGCGUGUCGCGCCCCGUGAUCGCGGCUUCGAUUACGUCCAACGAGGCUUCGCAGCUUGGCCCGCAGAUCCAGAGCAUGCGCGAGCAGAUCGAGCAACUCCUAAUUUAA